AUGGGAUUUCCACGAGGUUUGAGACUCUUCCGCAAAACAAUGUCUGGCGAUAAAAUCUUCGAGGGCGUUUUCGGCGUUACCUCCGCCGAUGUGGUUCGCACUCUUCAAAAACAUUUCAAUCCCUCCAAAACAUUUGCACCAUGGCUGUCAGAUGAGGCUGCCCGUCGAGAUCGAGAGAACCCUAGCCAAAAACGGCGGCGCCGCACCAAGAAGCUAGAGGUCAAAAUCGGUCAUGGUGGAACAUUAGACCCGCUGGCAACAGGCGUCCUCAUCGCCGGCGUCGGUAAAGGUACAAAGUCACUUUCCGACUUCCUAGCAUGUACCAAGAGCUACGAGGCGAUCAUUCUCUUCGGCGCAGAGACAGAUACCUACGACCGACUUGGAAAGAUCGUACGCCGGGAUCCCUACGAGCAUGUUACACGCGAGGCUGUUGAGAAGGCCCUGGAUCAAUUCCGCGGAAAGAUCAUGCAGCGUCCUCCUAUCUUCUCUGCAUUACGAGUCGAUGGCAAGAAGUUGUACGAGUACGCGCGCGAGGGUAAGAUGCCCCCAAUUGAGAUCAAGAGUCGACCCGUUGAGACGAUCAACAUCGAGAUUAUGGAAUGGUACGAGCCCGGCACCCACGACUACAAGUGGCCCGAUGUUGAGAUGGUCGGUGAUGAAAAGAUCGUUGCAGAGAAGCUUCUCGCGAAGGAAGCGGAAGGUAUUAAGGAGGAUGCCACGGAAGGCGCCAUUGAAGAAUCAGAGGCGUCUUCCAAGCGCAAGACGCCUGCAGAAUCAGUUCAGGAAGAGAAUCAAGACUCUAGCAAGAAGCAGAAGAUCACAGAGAGUGGUGAAGCCAGAGAGGUGGCAACUGAAGCUGUCGCGGAGCCUGCAACUUCGGAGGUUCCCACGGAGUCUCCCACAGAGGUUACAGAGCUCUCGCAAACAAAACCCCAGCCCCCUGCUAUCAAGAUCAAGAUGACUGUGACAUCGGGAUUUUACGUCCGCUCUUUGGCCCACGAUUUGGGUAAGGCUGUCGGCAGCUCCGCCCUAAUGAGUGAGCUUGUUCGAAGCCGUCAAGGCGAGUAUGAACUUCAGCCUGAGCGAGUCCUUGAAUAUAAGGACCUGGAGGCUGGUGAGGAUGUCUGGGGCCCCAAAGUGCAGAAAUUCCUUGAGGAAUGGGAGCGCAAGAGAGUCGAGGCAUUGAAAGGAGGCUCCAAGUAG